GGACAGAGGAGCUCUUUCUGGACAUUGGUUCAAAUGCUGUGUGUUUUGAGUUCACUGAAAGGCCUAAUGUGUUUAAUUUUAUAUGGCUCUGAAACAGUUCAUAGGAGACACAGCUAUCCACCACAAGCCAGAUGGCUUCAAAUGAUCCUGAAGACCAUGACCCCCCUGGGAAUCCCCAGCCUGGUGACCUCAUUGAGAUUUUCAGGCCAGCCUAUCAGCACUGGGCUCUGUACCUGGGUGAUGGUUACAUCGUCAACUUGACACCAGUGGACGAAGGCCAGGCUACCGCCAUGUCCAGCGUGAAGUCCGUCUUCAGUCGAAAGGCGGUGGUCCGCAUGCAGCUUCUGAAGGAGGUGGUGGGGAGCAACUCGUACCGAAUCAACAAUAAAUACGAUGACAACCACACCCCCUUGCCUGUCUGUGACAUCAUUCACCGAGCCCAGCUUUUCAUUGGCCAGGAAGUGUCAUAUGACCUGCUGGGAAAUAACUGCGAGCACUUUGUCACUCUGCUGCGUUAUGGGGAAGGGGUGUCUGAACAGGCUUCGCAUGCCAUUGGGGCAAUCAGUUUGGUGACGGCAGCUGCCAGCGCAUUUUCAGUGCUGGGAUUGAUCAACAACCGGUCCCCAAACAGGCCUGACUGACUCCUUCACAUACCACUAACCAGCUCGUUUCUCUCUGUGCUUAGCACAGCUGUCUGUGUAGAUAUUAUCUUGAUUUUCCAUGCACUCACCUCUCUUGUGCAAACUGUGUGAAAGAUCAAUAAGGUUGUUGCGUGCUGGACAGGUCAAGGGCAGUUUUGUUAUAGAUUCUAAACCUGAAAACAUGAAAAAGCUGGAGUUAUUUUAGACUGUGACUGGGAUUUACACAAAAUGUUGUGGCUGAUAUAACUGCCUACAAUGUGUAUACCUGCAAA